AAGGGGCAGAAACUGAUGCGCGGCGAGCUCGACCUGAAGAUGAGGAAGAACACCUUCACUGCGCGUGUGAGCGAGCACUGGAACCGACGGCCCACAGAGGGGUGGUGGAGUCUCCCUCACAGGAGAUAUCCAACAACCGCACGGGCGGCAGCAGCACCCGGCACGGCACGUCCGGGAUCGUCCCCUCCAGGAUCGGUCCUCCCGGAUCGUCACUUCCCAGCAUCGUCACUUCUUCCCCGCUCCGUCACUUCCCCGCUCCCUUCCCGGGCCGGGUCCGGCCCGUCCCCGCGGACGGCGGCCGCCAUGGGGAGCCGCGGGCAGGUUUUGAAGCUUUUUAAGUUGCUACACCGAACACGGCAAGAAGUUUUUAAAAAUGAUACCAGAGCCCUUGAAGCUGCAAGACAAAAGAUAAAUGAAGAAUUCAGAAAUAACAAAGAUGAGACAUCUGAGGAGAAGAUAAAUGAGCUUCUGAAAAUAGCUACAGAUGUUGAAUUGAUUCUCAGAACUUCCGUUAUUCAGGCAGUUCAUACAGAUUCUGACAAAAUAGUGCUCAUACCCAGGAAAGAUCUUCUACAAGACAACACUCCUUACUUAGAUAAACCAACAAAAAAGCAAGAAUCCUGAGGAAAAUAUGUCCCUCUCCCCAGAAAGUUAAUAUCCUGUAAUGACAUCUCUGAAAACCAACCAACAGUGUAUCCUUGUUUUAAAGCUAAAUUUUGGAAACAGUUAAAUAUUGUUACCAAGACAACAGAGACUGAAGUCAACUCAUCGUUUUUAUUGAGUGCUGUGAUAUCAUCAUGCACAUCUUCUGUGGGAUAUACUAAUAUUUCUACAGGACUUAAAAGUACACUGCUGAAUUGUGUUACUUCAGCCAGAAAGGUUUCUGAUCAGACAGAGAUUGUUUCCCAGCAAUCCAGAGUUUGUCAAAGCUAAAUAAAAAUUAAAUGCUGUUCUUAGUCCUGAUAGUAUUUAUUUGUAAGUUUCUUGUUAAUCAUAGGCUGCUGUGAAGUAAUGAAAAAACAUCUUGUGGCACUUGCCAUAAAAUUUAUGCUUUGCACCAAAAGCAGGAUUUCUGAAGUGGUCAUUAAUUGUACAUUAAUAUGCUGAGAUUCUUGAGAGAGUUCUUAAGGGUUAUCUGAAUAAAUUAUUUUUAUUUUACAGA